AUGUCGACAAAGAAACUAGCGAAGCAGCUGGGGUUGUUGAGGCAGAGGAGCCAGUCUUCCUCUGGGUCUAAGAAAGCUCUGGUAUCAAAUCAGACGUUCUCCUACCUGAUAGUGAUCGACUUUGAGUCCACUUGCUGGAGAGAGAAAAGCAGCUACAGCCCGGAAGUUAUCGAGUUUCCUGCUGUCCUUCUGAACACUUCCUCGGGGGAAGUGGAGUCUGAGUUUCACACGUAUGUUCAACCCCAGGAGCACCCGACCCUGUCCGAGUUCUGCACUGAGCUGACGGGGAUCACACAGUUGCAAGUUGAAGCAGGGAUCCCAAUGAGGAUCUGUCUGUCUCGGUUCUGCCGCUGGCUGCAAAACCUGCAGCUUGAGAAGGGUGUGGUGUUUCCCAACAAACAACAGAAGUGUUCUCCACCUCCACCUUCUCCAAAACUGUGCACUUUCCUCACGUGGUCAGACUGGGAUCUGGGAGUUUGUUUGCAGUACGAGUGCAAACGAAAGCAGCUGCAUAAACCUGAUGUGCUCAACAGCUGGAUCGAUCUGAGAAGCACAUACAGACUCUUUUACGACAGGAAACCCAAAGGCCUGAAUGGGGCACUUCAAGAUCUCGGAAUACAGUUUGCAGGAAGAGAACAUUCAGGUUUGGAUGAUUCCAGAAAUACAGCUCAGCUGGCAGCGAGGAUGAUGAGGGAUGGGUGUGUGAUGAAGAUCACUAGAAGCCUUGAGAGGACGCCAUCAACGGUCAAACCUGUGAUUGGAAAAAUAACUACAGACAAGACGAAGGAAAAACCCAACACAAAUAACAAGGAAAAUACACUUACCACAAACAAAUCAUCAUCGUCUAAGAUUCCUCUGACAUUUCCAAUAAAAACGUGUUCAGAGAAGAAAGCGGUGAAAUCUGACAUGACGGAAAAUGCAAGUUCAGUUCAGGAAUCUGUUCAAAGCCUGAUCUCACCCAAGACACUUCUGAAUGGUACAAACACCCCACUGUGGGGAUGCAGCAGGAGGUCGGUCACCUUGGGCGCUGUCGCAGAUCUUUCUUCUUCAGUUACGAUAAACAUGUCUUCACCGCACAGCAACGGCAACAAAACCCUUCUCCUGUGCUCUACGACUCUGGGCUGCCUGUCUGACCUUCCUCACACAGACCAGCCUUUAAAAAGUGGAGGAGCAGUGGCUCCUGUGGAGGACGAGGAAGGUGGAGAGCUUACAGUGGAAACAGAGGAGAGGUGGGGUUCAUAUGAUGAUGUGGUGUUUGAGGGGGAGGAUGCAACUGAUGGAGAACGUGUCUCAGAAUGUGAUAGUGGAUGUUAUUUGUGGGAAGAAUCUGACAAUACAUCAGAUUUAACAGAGGGGCAGGUCACAUUAAGGGACAAUACAAGUGCUGAAAACUCUUCUAAACCAACUCACUCAUCAACGUUUGUUUCUGCAGAGAACACGAGAGUGGAUCAGUUCAAUAUGACGAGGCAGCACUCUGUGAUCUCAGGGCCAGAUACAUGUUUUGCUGUGCCGGAGACUGUUAGUUUGUUUUCCAAAAACAAAUUGGCACAACUCAACUCUCUGCUGUUCCAAAAGAAUUCGGAAAAAGCCCCAAACAAACCAAACACACCCUCUUCACUCUGGCACAAAGCUCUCAUCCAAGGAAGGACCUCCACACCUAACACCUCAUUUGUCAAACCGAAACAAGUCAUCAUGCAAAACCGAAAUCACAAAACGCCGAGGACCUCUUUCACCAUCUUCACUGACCUGAAGCAACAGGCUGCAGCAUCACAUCCUUCCUCCUGUAGCUCGCUCUUCACCCCCAAAAACGUCCUCUCCUCUUUAUCAGCCAACACAAACUCAUCAUCUACAAACCGCUCCUCAAUGUCUGUGACAGUUAAAAAAGGAAAGCAGAUCACAUCUCCACUGUGUGGGUGCGGCCGCCGUGCCAAGCGGCAGCUCGUGUCCAACGGGGGUCCGAACCACGGCCGAGGCUUCUACUGCUGUCCGGUCCGCCGCUCGGGCAGCGGAGGCCGGGUCCAGAAGGGAUGUGAGUUCUUCAAAUGGGAGUCGUCUCUGAUGAACAGGAGUUCAGCGGCCUCUCCUGCUGCUAGCGCCUCAGUUUCACUCUGCUCCACUCGGAACUGUCCACCACAGCAGAGGUCAACCAUAAGAAAAAGCUAUUAAUGUGUUGGAGAAACAGCCGCACUGUCUCCAUCAUACUAGUCAUACUGACACAUCUUUCUAUCCAUUCGCACAGAUAUGGUAACUGAAUAACUAUUUUCUGUGUCGCCUCUUUAACUUCUUCAAAAAGCCUGUUACAGCAUUGGAGAUAAUGAAGGUCUUAUUAUAUCUUCCACUAAAGCCUCAGAUGAAGUUUUUUGAAGGCCGAUGCCAUCGCUGCUAUUAUGAAGUAAAACGU